AUGCAGUUGAGGGUCUCCAUUGUCGGCGCUGGCCCCGCUGGAUUCGCACUCGCUGCCGACCUCGACUCUCGCGGGACAAACGUAUUGGUAUAUUCACACCCCACGCAUGUACGACACGCCAAUUAUGUCGUCCAAAACGGUUGUCUUCGAGCUACUGGAAAAAUCGAAGGCUCUACUGCUUUGCGCGUCACCUACGACAUGGCCGAGGUCAUUGAGUUCUCAAAAACCAUCAUCCUUACAGUUCCGUCAACAGGGCAGGAGACUGUAUUGCGGGAGUUUAAGCAGUUCGAUCUACAACAGCACACUGUUAUUGCUGUCCCAGGGAAUUUAUUCUCGCUGGUCGCCGAUGCUGAGAUCAAGGUCGGAUCAAUCCUCGAAACAAACCUGUCACCAUACUCAUGCCGGAUGAAAGAAGGAGAGUUGGCCGUCAUGGGCAAGAAAAACCUCUUCCUCAUCGCCGCAUUGCAAACAUCCUCCAGCCCUUCCUUCACUGCCGAAAUCCAGCGAAUAUUUCCUAUGGAGCUAAAAUGGUGCCACAACGUUAUUGAAGUCUGCUUAUCGAAUAUCAACGGGGUAUUCCACCCACUGAUGAUGCUGAUGAACGCUGGUCGUAUUGAGAGCACAUCUGGAGAGUUCCUACUAUACCACGACGGGCUGACACGCUCGGUGGCCAACGCAAUGCUUGCAGUUGACAGGGUGCGGCUCGAGAUUGGAGAAGCGUUUGGGUUCAAGCUGGACGGGGUAACGCAGACGUCGAAUAAGUGCUACAACCAGACUUUCACCGACCUAGUGGACCUGGCACAAAACUCACCCCCGCAUAAUAAGUUAAAGGCUCCGCCUACUAUGGAUAAUCGAAAUAUUUCAGAGGAUGUACCGGAUCUAUUGGUUUUCUGGUGUGGUCUGGCGGAGAAGUUGGGAAUUGAUGCGUCGCCUAUUAAAGCGGUCAUCACACUUGCAGAAAUGGCGUCGGGCGCGGAUUACAUGAAGACGGGGAGGAAUUUGGAGAAGUUGAAUUUGGAACAUCUUUCACGCAGCGAGCUUAUCGAGCGAUUUGGCGUUCCUCAAACGCAAUAA